AAAGUAUUCAGAAUAUUUAGUUACAACUAAUGCUAGUAUGAAUAGGCUUCAUAAUAGUGAUAAAAGUGCCCGUAAUCCUAAAAAUAGCAGUACUAUAUAUCGAAUUGCUACCUGUGAAUGGGAUAGUCUUAACGAAAAUUAUAUUCAAUUAAAUAAUACUUUACUUAAAAAGUCAAUAUAUGAAUAUAUUGAUAUUUAA